AUGUCUGCCGGCCUCCAGCGCCUUUGGCAGGUGCUCGUUGCCGUGAGCGCCAUCCUGAUGGCAGCGGCGGCCGUGGCGGCGCAGGAGACACGGGCGCCGCCGCUGGUGCCGGCGUUGUUUGUGUUCGGGGACUCGCUGGUGGACAACGGGAACAACAACAACCUGGCGUCGCUGGCCAAGGCCAACUACUUCCCCUACGGCAUCGACUUCGCCGCCGGCCCCACCGGUCGCUUCUGCAACGGCUACACCAUCGUCGACGAGCUCGCUGAGCUGCUUGGGCUGCCCCUGGUUCCAGCCUACUCUCAGGCCUCCCAUUCCGUCGAGCAGCUACUCCAGGGCGUGAACUACGCCUCCGCCGCCGCCGGGAUCCUCGACGACAGCGGCGGGAACUUCGUUGGACGGAUACCGUUCAACCAGCAGAUCCAGAACUUCGAGUCGACCAUCAACCAGAUCGUGGGCGCCACCGCCGGCGGCGCGGCGACGGCGGGCAGCAUCGUCUCCCGGUCCAUCCUGUUCGUGGGGCUGGGGAGCAACGACUACCUGAACAACUACAUCAUGCCCAACUACGACACCCGGCGCCACUACACUCCCCAGCAGUUCGCCGACCUCCUCGUCACGCAAUACGCCUCCCAGCUCACCAGGCUGUACAAGGCGGGGGCGAGGAGGUUCGUGGUCGCCGGAGUGGGGUCGAUGGGGUGCAUCCCGACCAUCCUGGCGCGGAGCGUGGAGGGGCGGUGCUCGGAGGAGGUGGACCAGCUGGUGGCGCCGUUCAACGCCGGCGUGAGGGGGAUGCUGGACGGCCUCAACGCCGGCCUCCCCGGGGCCACGUUCACGUACCUCGACAACUACCGUCUGUUCACGCUCAUGCUCGCCAGCCCUGCCUCCUACGGGUUCGACGUAGUGGACCGGGGUUGCUGCGGUAUCGGCCGGAACGGCGGGCAGAUGACGUGCCUGCCCUUCAUGCCGCCGUGCGCCGACCGGGAGCGCUACCUGUUCUGGGACGCCUACCACCCAACUGCGGCCGUCAAUAUCAUCAUCGCACGCCAGGCCUUCGAUGGCGCCGCCGAUGUCGUCUCCCCCGUAAACGUCCGCCGCCUCGUCCAGCUCUGA